UCAGCCCCCCCUCUUCCUUCAUCCUCCCCGGCUGCCUUCACCCCCCUUCUCCUCUCUGUCCACAUCUCCUCUUCCUCCUAGCCUCCCUCUCCCCCAUCCUCCCCUUCUCCCUCAUCCUUCAUCCCCCUCUGCCUCCUCUUCCCCAGCCUUCCUCCCGCCCUUCCUCCUCCUCCUCUCCCUCCUCCCUCCGUGUCCCCAUCCUCCUCCUCUUCCUCCCCAUCUCCCUCCCACCUACCGCCUCCCCCUCUCCCUCCUCUUCCUCCCCCAGCAGUGACGUCUCUGGACGUGCUGCUCCCCGGCCCGGCGCAGGCACCGCUCGGGGCUCCCGCACCGCGGCCCGGCGCGGCCGCAGCCUCCGGCAAGGCGCGGGCGCUGCCUGGGGCCGCCCAUGCGGCCGGGGGGCGAUGCGGGCGGCGCGGAGCCGGCGGUAGUGCCCGCACCGGGCCCCCCCGGGAGCAUGGGCUGCAUCGGCUCCAAAACCACCAUCGUGGCUGUGGACACGACGCUGUGCGUUGAGUGGAAGGAGGUGAAAGCGCUGUCGCCGCUGAGUGCCACCCGCCCACUGCCCCGCCUGGCACGCCAGGCCUCCUUCGACAGCCAGGACUUCCUCCAGGUCAAUGUGGAGGACACUGUCGAGAUGCUGCCCAAAUCACGGCGUGCGCUGACCAUCCAGGAGAUCGCUGCCCUGGCCCGCUCCUCGCUGCACGGCAUCUCACAGGUGGUGAAGGAGCAUGUGACAAAGCCGACAGCCAUGGCGCAGGGCCGUGUCGCCCACCUCAUCGAGUGGAAGGGCUGGUGCAAACCAGUGGAGCCGCGCACCGCCCUGGAGAGCGCCUUCAGCUCCUACUGCCACUUGAGCGAGGGCGAGCAGGAGGCACGCUUCGCUGCUGGCGUGGCAGAGCAGUUUGCCAUCGCUGAGGCCAAGCUGCGAGCCUGGUCCUCGGUGGACGGGGAUGACUCCAACGAUGAGUCCUACGACGAGGACUUCAUGCCCUCCACAGAGAGCUCCCAGCCCACCGAGAUGUCCAGCACGGUGCCUGCCAGUGUGCUGCUGCGAGACCUGCUGCAAGGUCACCUGUGCCAGCUGGGCGUGCGGCAUGGCUCCUGCGAGCCCGAGAGCGACUCCUCGCACACCCUAUCCCCUGAGACCCUCUGCUCCAGCCUCUGCAGCCUGGAGAUGGUGUCCCCCUCUGAACUCACUGCCAAACUGCUGGGCUCCCUGGGGGGUGAGGACCUGCUGCUGCCCAAGCUGCCCGCCCCGGCCAGCCAAAGUGCCUUGAGGGGCCUGGCACGGCUCCGGUGCCAGGACUCCCUCUACUCUGUGUCCUACGCCGAAGCCUGCCUCUCACCCACGGAGGACGAGGUGGUGCUGAGCAAGGACUUCCCGCUCCGCCGGAAAGUCUCUGAUGUCGCCUCCUCCGGGGUGGCAUCGCUGGAGGAGGAGGAGGCUGAAGAGCCCUGAUGCCCCCCUGGGGUGCCCUGCCUCUCCUGGCGGGGGUCCAGCCCCCCAGCUGCUGCCCCCCAGCCGGACCCUGUGCUGGGCGAGGGACAGGCCCUGUUGCCACUCCCCCUCGCUAGCCGGGCGCAGGGGAGGUUUGGGGGGCUGUCACAGCGCCCCCCCGGCCAGUGUGCCCCCACUGUGCCCCGGCCCCGCUUGGCCACAUUGUUGCCCCCCCUGGAUUUUUGCAUGAGAACGGGGAAAGGCUUGGGGAGGUCCAACCCCUGCCCUGAUGCCCACAUGUGCCCCCCAAAACUGAUGAGACUGAAUCAGUGGGGCUGGUUGUUCGCAUGUUCCCCCCCAAACCACCCUGGGGUCCCCUUUCAGGCGUGGCCCACCCCCGGCAUGGCUAAACCUCUCUGAGUAUCCUAUGGUGCCCCUGCCCUGUGCCUGGCACCCUCGGCUCAGGGCCAUAGUGGGGAUUUGGGGAGCAGGGGGCUUUUCUCCUCUCUCCCUGGCUGGCUUUUAUCAGACUGAGUUUUAUACUGUGAACUGCUGCCUCGGGGUAUGGGGCCAGCGGG